GGUGCGCAGGGGCCGGCGGAGGCGCUGUCCGGCCCCGGCCAGGCGCCGGGCGGGGGGAGCAUGGGAAGAGACUAAGUGCUGCUCCCGGGUCCCCAGCCCCCUCCCCGGGAUCCGCGCGCCCCUGCUCCCGGGAGAGGGGCCGGGCUCCCCUCCCACCCCAUCCGGACGGACAUGGGCUCCUGAAGUUACGCUGCUGUUGGUCCCGGGAAGAGACCUGACAGGUAAUUAAAUGUUUGUCUUGUGGACCUGGGCUUGGCUGGAAUAUGCAAGGGUCCUGAAGAUCCUUCUAUAGCUUCCUUCUUUUGAACCCAUUAAGAGAAGAUGGCAAAAGUUAACAUUACUAGAGACCUCAUUCGUAGGCAGAUCAAGGAGCGGGGUGCCCUGAGCUUUGAACGGCGCUACCAUGUCACAGACCCCUUUAUCCGGCGGCUAGGUCUGGAAGCAGAGCUGCAGGGUCACUCAGGCUGCGUCAACUGUCUGGAGUGGAAUGAGAAAGGAGACUUGCUGGCCUCUGGUUCUGAUGACCAGCAUACGAUUGUAUGGGACCCGCUGCAUCACAAGAAGCUGCUUUCCAUGCACACGGGACACACUGCAAAUAUCUUCUCUGUCAAGUUCCUGCCUCACGCUGGAGACCGCAUCUUGAUCACGGGGGCAGCUGACUCCAAGGUGCACGUCCAUGACCUGACGGUAAAGGAGACUACCCACAUGUUUGGAGACCACACCAACCGGGUAAAGCGUAUUGCCACAGCACCCAUGUGGCCCAACACAUUUUGGAGUGCUGCUGAGGAUGGUCUUAUCCGCCAGUAUGACCUCCGGGAGAACAGCAAACACUCAGAGGUGCUGAUAGACCUGACUGAGUACUGCGGCCAGCUGGUGGAGGCCAAGUGCCUCACUGUCAAUCCCCAGGACAACAACUGCUUGGCAGUAGGAGCCAGUGGACCCUUCGUGAGGCUCUAUGACAUCCGCAUGAUCCAUAAGCACAGAAAGAGCAUGAAGCAGAGCCCUUCAGCAGGUGUGCAUACCUUCUGUGACCGGCAGAAGCCCCUUCCAGAUGGUGCAGCCCAGUAUUAUGUGGCAGGUCAUCUGCCAGUGAAGCUGCCUGACUAUAACAAUCGUCUGCGUGUAUUGGUUGCCACCUAUGUGACCUUCAGCCCCAAUGGCACUGAGCUGCUAGUCAACAUGGGAGGGGAGCAGGUCUAUUUGUUUGACUUGACUUACAAGCAGCGGCCAUAUACCUUCCUCUUGCCUAGAAAAUGCCAUUCCUCAGGGGAAGUCCAGAAUGGCAAGAUGUCCACCAAUGGCGUGUCCAACGGCCUGCACCUCCACAGCAACGGCUUCCGGCUGCCAGAGAGUAAGGGGCAUGUCAGCCCCCAGGUAGAACUACCCCCAUACCUGGAGCGCGUGAAGCAACAAGCCAAUGAGGCUUUUGCCUGCCAGCAGUGGACUCAGGCCAUUCAACUUUACAGCAAGGCUGUGCAGAAGGCCCCUCACAAUGCUAUGCUGUAUGGAAACAGAGCUGCUGCCUAUAUGAAACGCAAGUGGGACGGUGACCAUUAUGAUGCCCUGAGGGACUGUCUCAAGGCCAUCUCCCUCAAUCCAUGCCACCUGAAGGCACACUUCCGCCUGGCUCGCUGCCUCUUUGAGCUCAAGUACGUGGCUGAGGCUCUGGAGUGCCUUGAUGACUUCAAAGGGAAAUUCCCGGAACAGGCCCACAGCAGUGCUUGUGAUGCAUUGGGUCGUGACAUCACAGCUGCCCUUUUCUCCACAAAGGAUGGUGAAGAAAAGAAGGGAGCUGGCGGUGGUGGCCCAGUUCGCCUCCGAAGCACAAGUCGGAAAGAUUCCAUCUCAGAGGACGAAAUGGUGCUGCGGGAGCGGAGCUAUGACUACCAGUUUCGCUACUGCGGCCACUGCAACACCACCACGGAUAUCAAGGAGGCCAACUUCUUUGGCAGCAAUGCUCAGUACAUCGUCAGUGGCUCUGAUGAUGGCUCCUUCUUCAUCUGGGAAAAGGAGACCACCAACCUAGUCCGCGUGCUCCAGGGGGAUGAGUCCAUCGUCAAUUGCCUGCAGCCGCACCCCAGCUAUUGCUUCCUGGCCACCAGUGGCAUCGACCCUGUUGUGCGGCUCUGGAACCCCCGGCCAGAGAGUGAAGACCUCACAGGCCGAGUUGUGGAAGACAUGGAGGGUGCCUCCCAGGCCAACCAGCGGCGCAUGAACGCGGACCCCUUGGAGGUGAUGCUGCUCAACAUGGGCUACCGGAUCACAGGCCUGAGCAGUGGAGGCGCGGGGGCCUCUGAUGAUGAGGACAGCUCAGAGGGCCAGGUGCAGUGCCGGCCCAGCUAGACACUCCCAGCCCCAGUUCCUACUGGCUGGACCCUCCGCCCUGGGCAGGAGGUCAGGGGCUGGGCUUCUGUUCUGGUUUGUCUUCCCACCCCACCCCCAUUUUUCAUUUCCCUUGUUUUGUUUGUUAGUUUGGCAUUGGGGGUGGGGAUUGCUGCAACUUGCUGGCUUUCAGACUCUUGGGCUGAUUGUCCCUUGAUUGUCCCCAGCCCCGAGCAGAAGAGCAGGAGGGGAACCACCUCCUCCGGGUGCCCCCACCUCCUCCUUCCAUGUCCCUGGAAGGCUCUGGCCCCUCACAGAACCCCUUCUGCCUCCUGUAGGGAGGCAAGGGCUGAAGUUGUCUUCAAGGACUGCCCUGCCCUUCUGUUGGCAGUGUCGUGGGAGUAGAACUCCCAGCUGGGAAAGGCUUGCCUUGGCCUGUUGCGCUCUUGCUCUCUCCUGUGGGGCUAGCUCCCCUGUGGCCUUCAGGGACUGCCCCUUCACAAUCACCAGUGUUAGGGUAAAAGCAAAGGAAAGAUUGGGAGCCCUGGCAUGGGCGAGGUCAGGCCACCUGCCCUGGUCGGCAGCAGAGCUUCCUGACCCCUCCUGGGCCUGCUCUCCCUUGGUUCUGGGGGCUCUGCCUUUCCUGAGAGGUUUGCAGGGGGUGGGGCACCCUGUUCCCCUCCCAUUCAUUCACCCAUGCAAACACUUCUGCACCGUGGCCUCGGCCAUUCUCCUCCUCGGGCGCUCCUCGGCCUCACUGUGACCUUUCUGCCAGAGCUCCCAGCCAGACCCUACUCUGCUGAGGUGGCACUUCCUACUAAGGGCCCUUCUGGCCGUCUCUGCCCUCCUUCCCAACCCACGUGCUGAGCCGCCACAAAGACCAAAGAAGUGAUGGCUUUUCUCUGUCUCCUGCUGCUUUGGGAGGGGGGUGGGAAAGUCCCUAGCUCAGCCAGUCCCUCCUCAGCAGCCCCAAGCUUUACACUGGAUGCAGCGGGUCACUCCACCACCAAGCUGCCCUCUCUCUCUGCCCCAAGCUCCUGCUCUGGGAGUCGGUUCAUCCCCCGCCUCCCCCAGCCCCUCCAUGCUUCCUCGGCUCCAGCCCUCCAGCUGCAGCCUCUGGGGAGAAGCCGCCUCCCUCCCUCCGCCCGUCUUCCCUCUCCCUGCCUCGCCCCUGUCUCCACCAGGUGCCUCUCAGUCAGGCUUCAGAGCAGCCCAGGAGACAGGAGGGCCAUGUUAAAAGCUUUUUCACAGUUUUAAGAAGAUGAGGGGGGUGAGGCUAGUGGUGGGGGGUCUGGCACCAUCUCAUUGCUUUAAUCCCAGCGACACAGGUGGCAGCUUCUCCCCCUUCCUGCCCACCCCAGGCGCUCCUCCCACCCCCUCUCUAGCUUGGUAAUGAAGUGUAUUUAUUGGUGAAGGAAACAGCUGCUGCUGCUCCUCCUGCUGCUGGGACUUGCUCCCCUGUCUCUUCUUCAUGACCUUUCUCUAGCUAGGGACGGGGGAGGGAGAGGAGUGGGGCUAGGCCCUGGGGCCCAAGAACUGGCCAGGGUCCCUUUGCUUUCCUGUGUUCGAGCCACCCCAUUUCCUCCCUCCAUGCCUCCUGCCUCCCAGCCCCCUCCUGGGCCCUGCAGUGUGGAGAGACACAUAAGCCUUACUGUCCUCUGGGGGCAGGAGCCGAGCCUUUUUGUUGCUCCGCUCCCAGAAGAGUGAGGGUGACGCAAUUGAUUAAAACCAUUUUGUUCUA